AUGGAUCUUCAGGGAGACAGUGCUAAGGGUAGAGGCAGAUUUUUCCCUCUGAAGGAGUCUUACCGGAAAGAUGAAGUGCAAGCACCGCUUUUGAUGCAGCCUGUUCUGCCUGUUUUUGAGGGCAUUAAUACUACUCGCCUAUCAUGGUUGACUGGGGAAGUUACUAGAUUGGGAGCAGUCGCAUUUCAUGGUGGUACAGACUACAUGUUAGCUGAAUGUUGGAUUGAGAACAUGCAGACCUAUUUUAAGAUGAUUAUCUGUACUGACGUUGAGAGGUGGAUAGUAGCUACAUUUCUCCUCCAGGAUGAGGCAAAGCAGUGGUGGGAUUUUGUACUGAAGACAAAGGAUGUGGCCACCUUGACCUGGAGAUGUUUUGUUGGACUCUUUCGAGAUAAGUAUUUUCCGGCUUCUGCUAGAGAGCAAUUGGGGAUCGACUUUAUCUCACUAGUUCAAGGAACUAUGAGUGUCAGAGACUAUGAGGCUCGAUUUUCACAACUGUAUCGGUUUGUCUGGCCGAUGGAUGCAGAAAAGUUGGCUCGUAGGUUCGAACAAGGAUUGAACUAUGAGAUCAGGGAAAGGGUGAUUAUCCUUCGACUGCCUACUGUGGCAAUGAUAUUGGAUAGGGCUAUGGCAAUCGAGAGGGAACUCCAGGCUUCUCGGAGGGAGUCAUCAAUUGUAGGAGAUUUCCGAGGGAAGGGAAAGGCAAUUGCGGAAGGCAGUAAUGCACCAGGUACUCAGGAUGGGUCUCGGAAAAGACAGAAGACUUGUCAGCAGGCUCCGGUUGGUGUAGCCGCUGAACCUACUUGGAUUGCACCUGUUGGGCAAGCUGUGCCUUUGAGAUGUUUUAACUGCAACCAGUUGGGGCAUAUGGCUAGGAAUUGUGUGAAGCCGAAGUGCAGGAAAUGUUACAAGUGUGGGCUGAAGGGACAUGUUGUUCGGGAGUGUACCCAACCUAAAGUUAUGAGAGAGAGGACUCAUCAGCAGGCACCAGCUAUGGCUGCAGCUGCACCUGUGGGGCAGGUUUUACUUGUUGAUUUUAGUUUGACCUAUGAGUGUGGCAUGUUGUGA